UUGUUUUCAAAAUCAAACACUAUUCAUCCUUCAAUUAUUACUCCUAAGCAAUUAUACAUAGAUUUAGUAAGUAAUAUUAAAGAUGUAUCUAGACUUAAGGAUUUCCCUGUAGAGUUAAAUUUAGAUAAUAUCAAUAUCCUAAUGAACCUCGCUAAAGUAGUUUCAUAUGUAAUCGAAAAUCAUCUAGUAUUUGUAAUAAAAAUUCCUCUUGUAAAUGUAGAAACAUACAAUCUUUAUAAAGUUAUACCUAUCCCUGUACCACAUAACCCGACAUCUCCAAAUUCAUUUGCACUUAUUACUGCAACGAAACCUUUUAUAGGCAUUAGUGAAGAUAAGAAAUUAUAUUUUAAUUUUGAUAAUGUAGAUUCUUGUAAUUUAAUAAUUGGACAUCAGUAUAUUUGUAACCCUUUGAAUAUUCUCAGUGUUGUUAAUUAUCCAAUAUGUGAAACAGAAAUAAUCACCAAAGCUGUUGAAAAUUUACCUAAAACGUGUACUACAAGAUUUAUAUUCGGUAAAAUUGAUAUCUGGCAUAAAUUAAAUAAUAACAAAUGGUUCUAUGUUGAAUCUAAUGAUGAGAAACUGACUAUUGAAUGUAAUCAUAGUAUAAUUGACAUUGUUAUAUCAGGAACCGGAAUACUUACCUUGACAUCCGGUUGUACCGCAUUUUGUAAAGAAAAUAGAUUUGAAGCAAAAAGUGUUUAUGAAAUUACCAUAAGUCCUGUUGUUUCAAAUUUUAACAUUAUUAAUGACAGUUGUUGUAAUUUGAUGGAAUUUUCCAAAGUAAAUAUUAAUAUUUCAACGCACCAGUUACGACAUGUGAAUCUUGAUAGUUUAAAUUUAAUUGACGAUUUACCUAUUAAGUCAAUUGAUGAUGAUUCAGAUGAUUUCCUUAAUGACCCUUCAGACUAUGUUAGUUUUAGCUUUAGCAUAGUUUCCUUUUUAAUAAUCUUAAGUAUUGCAAUUAUAAUCUUUGUAAAAGCCAAUAAAUGCGUAUUUCCAAACAAAGACAUAGAAAAUCCAGAUAAUACCUCUUCAACCAGUGAAACCCCACAUCCUCAGCCUCGUCUCCGUAUGGAAUAA